AUGUUGAUUUUCUAUGUGCUAGUGCUGUUGUGCUGUAGUGUCUGCGAGAGUGAGGAGGGUGAUGUGAGAUAUGAUCUGAAUAUAGGCAACACGAUCGAUGUAUUUGCAAAUUACGGCGACCUAUCACAAGUGACCCAAGUGGUGUCUGCAGAUUAUGACGACGAAUACCAGGAGCCUAUCGUCCCGUUCAGCGAGAAGAACCUGCGCGUUUUCGCCAACGCGAGCAGUCACAGCGUGGUGGGCGGGACCAUGUCCAAGAUGAACAUACAGAUGUGUGACACCUUCGACGAUCUACUCAACACGUACUUCGCCAAUUUCAAGAUCGAAGGAACAGACAAACCAUGGAAAGCUUUCAUGGGUGACUGGGUGACCGACGAAAUCCUACGCACCAUGGGGGUCAUUUACAACGGAUGGCAAGACAACUGCUGUUACGUGCUAGUGAAAUGGACCAAACCUCAUACGAAUGCUCAGCUAGACGACCUAAGGGAUGUAGCUGUAAAAGAUCAUGUGGGAAAAGCGAUAGAAGCUCUUAACGUCAGCGAUACGGCAGCGGUUAGAACUUUCAUGAGGAGCUACGGGACACAUUACAUAGAGUCUUUUUUGACAGGCAAUUUCAUUUACCAGGUGUUCAAAUAUAAGAGAUCAGGUUACAACCUACUACGCUCAUACAUAAAGGAAAAGAGCAGCCAGCAAAGCUCUACAGACAACCUGCGGUUUUACUUCGCUUCUUACUUUCUAAAAGAAGUCGGUGAUAUACGAGUAGCCAGCGGCAAUAAGACCGUGGAAGCUUGGGCUCGUAAAAAUCUGCGCGAGAGUCAGUACUUGUACUCGAGGCCUAGUUUACUGAAACUACACUACAGCCCUAGUCUGGCCUAUAAACUCAACGAGUUGCUGGAUAGCGGUGCUCUACUAGGCCUGGACCUGAAGACACUGAGGCCAUUGUUCAAGGAUCGAAGCAAGGGCGAUAAAUUCGCUGAAAUAGUGGAAAACGACUUGCAACUAUGGGAAGUCAACUCUUAA